AGGAAUGUGGGAAGAGUCUUCCAGGAGAGUGUCAGCUCCAUGGCACCCUACUCAAGGUCAAAGACAAGGUCAUCCCGUCCCGGGCUCGCCUCACUCUACCUCACUACCUUCAGUUGCGGGAACUGGAGAUUCGACCCGGAAACAAACAACUUCUGGGUGUGUUUGCCAAAAAAGUGAUUCAGAAAAGAACUCAGUUUGGUCCGUUUGAGGCCACCCUGGUCACUAGCAUAGCAAACCUCACCAACAGAGAUGAAAACAAAUUUCUGCUACAGGUUUUUAAGAACGGGAAGGAGUACUACCUGGACACACCCAAUGAAGAUGUUUGUAACUGGAUGAUGUUUGUGAGACCAGCCCGGAACCAUGCGGAACAGAACAUGGUGGCCUACCAGUACAGGGACAAGAUCUACUUCUCCUCCACUAAGCCGAUCGAGCCACACUGCGAGCUGAAAGUGUGGUAUGCUGCAGACUACGCAAAGAGGAUGAACAUGCAAGUGUUAGUCAAAGAGGAAGAUGAGCUCUCGUGUGCCCUCCAGAGCAAGCCACAGGAGAUCAGACCAGUAAGUACUCUGGACUUUUUCAAGACCGAGAAUCACACGGAGCCAUGGAAAUGCUCCAACUGUAACAACGUGUUCAGCACCUUCGCUCUCCUGGAGGAACACUCCUGUAGCGCCGCCAUAACCGUGGCCCCAACAACACCCGCAACCACUAAGACUCCGAAGAAAAAAGGUCGGAAGGUGAAGAAACGGAAUGCCGAAGGGGCAAAGGCGAGACUCGCGUCGAAACUGGGAGACAAAAGGAGAGAGGGGGUCCUAAAAAAGGUGAAACGAAGAAUACGGGAGCUAAAACCGAGAAAGACUUAUCCUUGCAAUGCCUGUGGGAAAGUUUUUAUUAACCUGGAGAAGUUGAAAAUCCACACGUACACCCACACGGGGGAGCGGCCGUUCAAGUGCAGUAGUGAUGGCUGCGACAAGGCUUUUGUAUCUAAGUAUAAACUCCUUCGACACAUGACAACACACUCGCCUCACAAGACGCAUAAAUGUGCGUACUGUGAGAAGAUGUUCCAUCGGAAAGAUCACCUGAAGAACCACCUUCAGACGCACGACCCCAACAAGGAAGCGUUUAAGUGUGAGGAGUGUGGAAAAGAGUACAACACAAAACUGGGUUUCCGGCGGCACAUGGCACUGCAUUCGGCGGCGGCGGGCGACCUGACGUGCCGCGUCUGUUCAGCAAUGUACGAGAGCACGGAAGCGCUCUUAGAACACUUGAAGGUCCAUUCGGGCAAGCCCGCGGGGGGAAUGAAGGAGAAGAAACACAAGUGUGAUCACUGCGAUCGGAGGUUUUACACGAGAAAGGACGUGCGCCGGCACCUGGUGGUACACACUGGGAGGAAAGACUUCUUGUGCCAAUUCUGCGCCCAGAGGUUUGGGAGAAAAGACCACCUGACCAGGCACACCAAGAAGAGCCACUGCGCAGAAUUCUUAAAGAUCAAAGAAUCGCCGGACGGCUCGACUUCCUCCCAGCUGCUCUCUCCCAUGGAGGCUCCAGACUUGAACUUUGGGUCCCUACCAAGGGACGACAGUCUUCCAAAACUGACCAUCAACAAAGGACGGCCACUAACGAAGGCGGAAACGAAAGCGUUCACGAACAAACCGGAGCCGCCCCCGAAAGUGGCCAUGGAGAUUUCCAUAGAAACAAGCAAUACCAACCCGGACGACGGACCAAUGGGACUGAAGCUGCCCGGUCCGGCGGUCAUCACGGAGCCGGUGAAUGCCAGUACGGUGGACUUGGGCCAACUCCUGGGCUUCCUUCCCCUGAACUCUGCCCUGAAUGCAAGCAUCCCCAUCACCCAGCCUCAGACUUCACUACAGGCCAUGAACAUACCCAUGACAAUGUCCAUGACCCCACAGUCCACGUCCUCUCGGAUAUCUGUGCAAAACCACAUGACCAUGAGCCCAACCGCCAGCCUCACCUCUCAAAUCCCGUUUGUCCCGUUGUCACAGUCAUUGCCAAGGUUCCAUCAAGCAUUUCAGUGAGUGCAAUGGAGAAUGGCAGGUCGUGUUUUGACUUUUGUUUGUGUUUUAGACUUUUCUCUGGUGCUACAGUAAGUAAGUAAGAGGUAGUAAGAGGCACAUGUGAGCAGAGAAAAUUGUCCGGAUGGAUGCAUAGUGUUAAAGGUCUCAGGCAUACGAGUAAACCUCCCCAGGCAAGCUAAGGGAACGUUCCUUGAUCAGUGAAUAUUUUAAAAGACUUUUGUUUUUACCUCAUGUGCCCCGCUGUGAAAGAUGGGCUUGGCAUUGCGGCAGUACUGUGAGUGCAGUAACACUGAACGAUGCAGUGAAAUUUUUGCAUGUCACCAUUUGGUUUGAAGAUGAGCUCAGGCUGAAGAACCCUCUAGGAGAUGAGAAUAGUACUGCAAGGACGCUGAAUAGGUGGAAAUUUCGGGAAUCGUCCGUCUUGGUGCCAGAUAUUAUUAUUUCUGGUAAUAGUUUGUUUCUACUUGGAAACUAAUUAUCGAUUGUACAGUGUGUAUGUCCUGGAUAUGUGCCAAAGUUGUCUGAGAAGGAAGAAGAAUUCAGAUGCACACAAUGUACAUGUACAUCGUCUAAUGAUUUCAGAGAGAUAGAGUGAACAUUUUGGUUUCAGUUCCUAACAAAACUAAGGUAUAAGUGGAACAGUUACUCCCCCUCCUUUGUUCCUUUUGUCAUAUUAAGAUAAUAUCGCUGAAUUUUCCGAAAAAAUGUCACUUUCUCUCUUACCACAUUGGCACUUUCUGGGUGCAUGUCCAUGGCUUUCUCUCACUUAGUCAAGACUAGCAUUGUACCAGUUUGCCAAUCAUCUAACCAACAGUGUUACAAAAAAGCAAGAAUGUUAUUAUUAUUAUCUCUGAUUUUUUCUGUGUACCUCUUUUUAGUAUUGUAUAAAAUUUACAAACAGCUACAUACCUCUGUUAAGGAACAUCCAUGUACGCAAGUGUAUAAUAGUUUAUUUGUGUAACUAUUUAUAUCUUUAAUACUUAGUUAAAUAAAUUGAAGGCAGCCUAACUAAAGAAAAAAGAUAUAACUAAGUCACUGUAUAUAGGUAUAUAUAAAAAAAACAAAGAGACUAGCAUUCCAUGGUAUGUACUGUAUCUUGUACUAUACCGACAAAUGAUGUAUAAAAGGAAGAACAGUCAUGUAUGUGGAACCCUUUAUCUUAUAACACACUUGUCAAGGCAAGAGCUACAUGUGCAAGAUGACAGUUACUCAAAUUGGGAGGCUAUCGACCUCACAAGUUGGCUUUAAGAAAGUAAUGAAAAUAAAGCAAAAGAUAUGGUAAGAAUCAGGUGUUCUAUUAAAUCAACAUUUUGGCGACUGUCUGUCACUUUCUUCAGGGCAAUUCUGACUGGUUCACAUUGCACUGCAGCACAGGUGUCACUACUAUAGAUGUAUGCUGAAUACUUUGCUUUGGGAAUGCAUCUAUAGCAGUGACACCUGUGCUAUAGUGCAAUGUGAACCAGUCAGAAUUGUCCUGAGGAAGGUGAGAGGCAGUUACUGAAAUGUCGGCUGAAUAAAACACGUUGACUUACCAACCUGAAGAAACUAUUCACAGUAACAUUCAUAGUUUCACAGACAAUGUGCUUCUAUUAUAGAAAGUAAGGAGUAACAUGUUCUUAUCAAGAGCAUCCCAAAAAGUGCAGAAACUGUCAACUUGCUUGAAUGUCUUUUAACCUCUUCAAGCAGGGAGGAAAAAAUUCAUCUGUAGGUGAGCCUUUUUUUGUCAACUCAUACAGUGGUAGGGUCAUAGUUCAGGAACUUUUUCUUGCUUUUAAUGUAACAGAGAGGUCCAUUUUUUAAAUUUUUUUAUUGUCAUACCGUUCCUUAGACAAUUUGGAAUGAUCUAAAGUUUGCACAAGUAGGCAGGGAAGUUAUACAAUAAUUGAUAAUCUAAUAAAGUACCUUUUCAGGACUAAACCCUAUGCAAGUACAAAUGUGCCAGAAUCGAUGACAUGAGAAAAGCUGCCAGGGAAUUUGGAGUUUUUCUCUCUGCUUGAAGAGUGAUAUUACACACUAGUAGCUCGAG